AAUUGUCAAAAUGACAGAAUUUACGAAUAUUAUUUAAUUUUUUACAAGAAAUGGGCGUCGAUACGAUAAUUUUCUAUUCUUCCCUGGUCAUGUGCAUGACGCUGGGCAGUUAUUACAAAAAGAUAUCCGAGGUCAAUCUCAAACGCAACUUUGGAACCGGUCUCGGGUUUCUGGUGACGUGUCUGAUUUGUGGAACCCAGAUAUAUCACACCGUGCUACUGGUGUGGGGAAACAUUGUUAUCAUAAAAUGUUGCGAUAGAAGAUACCUGCACCAAAUAAGUCUAGCGUACACUUGGAUGUAUUUAUUCUAUUUGCACUACUAUUUACCCCCGAAUUACGUGAUAUGGAUCUAUCAGACCCUCGCCUUGAGACUGGUUGGACUGGCCUUUGAAAUCCAUUUAGCCCACCGAGCUAAGGGUGAAACUCGAGUCAGUGUCACGAGAGUCACUAUUGGCGAUAGCGAUCUUAUCACAAACGACCCGAGCGCAGUCGAUAUCAUAACGUAUACGUAUUUUUUCAUAGGAUUGCAUAAAGGACCUUACUAUAGGUGGAAAAUCUUUGAAGAUCAUUUUAGCUCACCUUUCGCGACUUUGGGUGAUUGUCGUGUAAUAACGGAACAAAAACUUAAGAAAGUGUGCAUGUGCGCUUUGGGUUAUAUGCUUCUACGAAUGAAGUAUUCUCCCGAGUUCUACUACAUGGACGAAUUUUAUACGGGUGAUUACGGAACGGACUUUCGCUACCUGUAUAAUAUACCACAACUGAUGUCAUACUUUCUGUUUUACCAAAUAACAAUGCUUCUAUGUACGAGUGUGUGCACGGAGACCGGUUUUGGCAUAUAUCCGGCUAAAUGUGUACCGAUACCAGGAUUUGGUCCUUCGGCUCGGUUCAGCCUUUUAAAAGUAGCCGCUGGUACGACUGAAGCAGCGAUUCAAGAGGAAUACAACUUUUCCAUGUUAAAAUGCUUCGAUCAUGAGAAAUUACUGAUUGGACCAAAAAUGAAAGACAGUGUCCGAAGUUGGGAUAUGCCCACCCGCUUUUGGUUCUGGUCCAAUGUUUAUAAGAAUUCAUUGAGAGCAAACAAAGAAGUUCGAAGUGCAUGGUCAUUUUUCGCGUGGACAAUAUGGUGCAGCCCAACUUUGCCUCAAACCAUUAUCUCGGCGACUCUCUGGGUCUACAUUCAUUUAGAAUCCGAGUACAGCGAACUGUACGACACUUCCGGAACGAUGAAAUUGCCAUGGGAUAUUGGAUUCUCAAUAAUGCGUCUUUUCUGUCUUAUCUAUUUGACCCCUUGCUUCAUUGUAAGCGAUACCAGUGUUGUGCUACGUUACUACAACUCAAUAUAUUGGAUAUUUCAUGUAAUACUAUUCGUUUUGAUGGUAGCUGCCAUCAUCAUUUAUAAAUUGAGAGAGGAGUAAACGAACCGCGAUUAAAUACUAAAUAUUC